UCGUUCUGUCUCGUUGUGUCAUUUCAUAGAACCAAAAAAAAUUUUUUUGCACGGAAUCGACAUCGCAUUUUCACUGGAAAAUCAAUCAAAUAACUUUUCUAAAUUGUGGACAUUUUCAAAUAAAUUAAAAUAAAUACUGUGCGAAAGCAUUUAAUUAUAACAGUAAUUCGAUAAUUCGGUGUUGGGCGUCUAGUGUAUUUCGUGCGGAAUAGUUGAAAAGAAACCGAUUUUCUAUACUACUGUGUGAGUGAGAAAAGAAAAAUGGCAGCAAGCGACAAAUCUGUCGAUGAUUCUCUUUAUCCCAUUGCGGUAUUAAUUGACGAAUUGAAAAAUGAGGAUGUGCAGUUGCGUUUGAAUUCGAUCAAAAAGCUAUCGACUAUUGCCCUGGCUUUGGGCGAGGAACGCACACGUUCCGAACUGAUACCUUUUUUAACUGAGACCAUAUACGAUGAAGAUGAAGUGCUGCUCGCAUUGGCCGAUCAAUUGGGCAAUUUCACAAGUCUUGUGGGUGGACCUGAGUAUGCGAUGUAUUUGUUGCCGCCGCUGGAAAGCUUAGCUACUGUCGAGGAAACAGUUGUGCGAGACAAGGCAGUUGAAUCUCUGCGCACUGUUGCUGCGGAGCACAGUGCUCUAGAUUUGGAGAUACAUGUGGUGCCAACGUUGCAGCGUUUGGUGUCUGGCGAUUGGUUUACCUCACGCACGUCGGCUUGUGGUUUAUUCUCCGUGUGCUAUCCACGCGUCACACAGCCCGUGAAGGCCGAAUUGCGUGCAAAUUUCCGGAAGUUGUGCCAGGACGAAACGCCAAUGGUGCGACGUGCCGCAGCCAAUAAAUUGGGCGAAUUCGCCAAAGUAGUAGAAACGGAAUAUCUCAAAUCGGACUUGAUACCGAAUUUUGUACAACUGGCGCAGGAUGAUCAAGACUCGGUGCGACUGUUAGCCGUCGAAGCAUGUGUCAGCAUUGCUCAAUUGCUGCCACAGGACGAUGUUGAACAUCUGGUGUUGCCUACGCUGCGUCAGUGUGCCAGCGAUUCAUCGUGGCGUGUGCGCUAUAUGGUCGCCGAGAAGUUUGUGGAUCUACAGAAGGCUGUGGGUCCCGAGAUAACACGCGUCGAUCUAGUGCCCGCUUUUCAGUAUCUCCUCAAGGAUGCCGAGGCUGAGGUGCGCGCCGCUGUGGCCACUAAAGUCAAAGACUUUUGCGCCAACUUGGACAAAGCCAAUCAGAUGCAAAUAAUUUUGAGCUCCAUUUUGCCAUACGUACGCGAUUUGGUCAGCGAUCCCAAUCCACAUGUGAAGUCAGCGCUGGCUUCUGUCAUAAUGGGUCUAAGCCCGAUGCUGGGUGCUUAUCAAACAGUCGAGCAAUUGUUGCCACUGUUCCUCAUUCAGCUGAAGGACGAAUGCCCAGAAGUGCGUCUGAAUAUAAUCUCAAAUUUGGAUUGCGUCAAUGAUGUCAUCGGUAUUCAGCAGCUAUCGCAGUCCCUUCUUCCCGCCAUCGUGGAGCUUGCAGAGGACUCCAAAUGGCGUGUACGUCUUGCUAUCAUUGAGUAUAUGCCCGCGCUGGCUGGUCAGCUGGGCCAGGAGUUCUUCGAUCAGAAGCUGCGCGGCCUCUGCAUGGGUUGGCUGAACGAUCAUGUAUAUGCCAUUCGAGAGGCCGCCACAUUAAAUAUGAAGAAGCUGGUGGAACAGUUUGGUGCGCCCUGGGCCGAGCAGGCCAUUAUUCCAAUGAUAUUAGUUAUGUCGCGCAACAAGAACUAUUUGCACAGAAUGACCUGUCUCUUCUGUCUAAAUGUUUUGGCUGAGGUUUGCGGCACUGAAAUCACCACGAAACUGUUGCUGCCCACUGUUUUGCUGCUCGCCGCCGAUCCAGUUGCCAAUGUGCGUUUCAAUGUGGCUAAAACAUUGCAGAAGAUUUCCCCGUUCCUGGAGGCGAGCGUUAUCGAUUCGCAAGUGAAGCCAACGUUGGACAAACUGAAUGCUGAUGCUGAUGUGGAUGUUAAGCAUUUCGCUGCACAGGCAAUUGCUGGAAUAGCAGCCGAAAUGGAGCUGAAUGUCUUUAGAACCGCAGUGCCGCCUUGCAUGGGCUUUAAGCUUGAGGCCGCCCUGGCGUCCAAGCUGGUCGUUGAGCCGCCGCCCAAUUCUGCAGCAUCCGUUGAGCCUGGCGUUCUGCUCGAGCUUAAUGCUAAUAUCGAGAACAAUAAUAGCAAUGUUAACGCUGGGGGGGAACAGGAGCAGCAGCCGCAGCAGCUGAAAAGUGUUUCGGAAUGUUAGAGGAUGAGUAGUCAAAACCAAAAUAAUGUCAUGUGUGAACACCUUGUGUGUGUGUGUGUGUGUGUGUGUGACCAGAUUAGUAUAUAACAAUACGCAAGUCGGAAUACCAUUGAGCCCUAUUAUACCAUGUUUCCAAGUGUCUCAAAAUUUGUCCAUGUUGCAUAAAUUGUCUGCGUUACUCAAAGAAACGAACUAUUACUAAUUGAAUCCAAGCAUAUAUUAACGAAAUACUAACUGUUAAUUGAUGUACAUUCUUCUCUGUUUCUUUCCCGGUUCCACAUUUCGAAUAUUUUAUGGAUUGUAAUUUUUCAAAUACCGUAGCGUAAUCAACUUUAUAAUUUUUUA